UUUGAACGCGUUCAUAAAAAACAUGGCCAUGGCUGUUGAUGGCGACUGUUGAGUGCUUCUUUGUGAAAUAAUGUAUUUGUUUCUUUGUUUUUUCAACGUGUGAAACCGUAUAUUUGUGCAAAUCAUGCCGUAAAUAAAGACGCUGAUAUUAAUUAGUUGAUAUCCUCCGACUACGCCAUCCAGCAAGAUUCAACAUAACAUGAAUACAAAUUGACCCACCUUUAGCAAUAAGUGUAACCAAUACCAAGACAGGUUUCAUUUUAAGUUGACACAGUCUACAUAAGAGAUCAAGAUGUGGCCGGCAUCGCAGUACUCGUCACAGCAUGUGAACCCGAUCCAGAGUAACCAGGCGAGGGGUAAUGACCAUCAGAACCAGCAGAAUUUGAAGACACUCGGCAUGACAUCCGCUAUUUCUAUGGCUGGCCCAAAGCCGAUAGACAUCGAAAAGACCAACGAGCUGAAAGAGUCCCUCAUCCCCUACGGAGUGUUUGAAUCUGAGGCUGAGCUCCACCAUCGUAUGGAGGUGCUGGGAGCCCUUCACCGCAUCGUGAGGCAGUGGAUCCGGGAACUGUCGGCCAAGAAGAACAUGCCUCCGAGUGUGGCCGACACUGUCGGCGGGAAUGUUUACACCUUUGGCUCUUAUAGGCUCGGGGUGCACCACCGCGGCGCCGACAUCGACGCUCUGUGCGUGGCGCCGCGACACAUCGACAGAAGCGAUUACUUCCAGUCGUUCUAUGAGCUGCUGAAGCAACAGCCUCAGGUGAAAGACCUACGGCCGGUGGAAGAGGCGUUCGUGCCCGUGAUAAAAAUGAACUUUGACGGCAUAGAAAUAGAUUUGCUAUUCGCGCGGCUCGCGCUGAAAGAGAUACCCGGUAAGUCUCAACUAUAUUCCUUCGACCUCCGAGACGACAUGCUCCUCAAGAACCUCGACCAGAAGUGCGUCCGCUCGCUGAACGGAUGCCGAGUGACGGACGAGAUCCUGCGCCUGGUGCCCAACAUAGACAACUUCAGACUGACGUUGAGAGCCAUCAAGCUGUGGGCCAAGCGUCACGGCAUCUACUCCAACACACUAGGCUACCUCGGCGGCGUGUCCUGGGCGAUGCUGGUGGCGCGAACCUGCCAGCUGUACCCGAACGCGUGGCCGGCGACCCUCGUGCACAAGUUCUUCCUCGUGUUCAGCCAGUGGAAGUGGCCGCAGCCGGUGCUGCUGAAGCAGCCCGACGAGGUCAACUUGGGCUUCCCGCACUGGGACCCCCGGGUGAACGUAUCCGACCGCUUCCACCUGAUGCCGAUCAUCACGCCCGCGUACCCGCAGCAGAACUCCACGUUCAACGUGUCCGCGUCCACUAGGAGCGUGAUCAUGGAGGAGUUCCGACUGGGCCUAGCGAUAACCGACGAGAUAAUGCUCGGCAAAUGCGGCUGGGAGCGCCUAUUCGAAGCGCCAAACUUCUUCACCCUGUACAAACACUUCAUAGUGCUGCUAGCUUCAUCAGCUGAUGCGGACAGCCAGCUCCAGUGGUGCGGGCUGGUCGAGAGCAAGAUACGACAUCUUAUUGGCACCCUAGAACGCAACCAGCACAUCACGAUAGCCCACAUCAAUCCCGAGUGCUUCAAUUCAGUCCCGCUCAGCACCAACAACGGACAACCGCUGGCUUUGCCACCUGGCACACCUGUACCUGAAAUACCACCUGGAGAACCAGCAAAGAAUGAAAAUGGAGAAGUCAUAGCAAACCUCUGCUCAAUGUGGUUCAUCGGGCUGGUCUUCGAGAAGAGCAAUGUCAAUGUGGACCUCACCAAUGACAUCAAGUCGUUCACCAAGUCUGUUCACUACCAGGCCGAAAACUGCUCCGUGCUGAGAGAAGGGAUGAGCAUUGAGGCGCGUCACGUGAGACGCAAGCAACUCCACCAGUACCUGUCUCCCUCGCUCCUGAAGAAGGACGGCGCGUCCAAACGCAAGACCGAGCCCGCGCCGCCGCCGCCGCCGCCCGUGAAGAAGACGAAGCGAUUGUCUGAGACUAGCACGGACGACGUAAGCGUCCUAUCCUACAACGAGGACUCAAACUCUUCCAACCUCUACGAGGUAACUUCAAACGGAGCGCCGCAACCCACGGAACAACCUGCCACCACCGAAACCAUCACCAAGCCUGAGAACGUUCCAGAGCACGCAUCGACAUCGACCAUAGCAUGCACGUAGCAGUACGAAGAGUGGCGGAGACGCUUCAUAUUCGGACAUAACAAGUGGCCGCGGGUCAAACGGAACGUGUAAAAAGUAUAAAACAGUGUAGUGUAUAAGUGACAGUGUUGGUACGGACAAAAGAGUAAAGAUAAUCUGUGGUAUGAUUAUAGUGCAAUGUUUUGUGGUGCAGUGCAGAAUUGAUUUUUUGAGUUGGUGAGUAGUUUUGGAUGUUUAAAGGAUUGGAGCGUUGGUGCGGCAGUGUUGUGGCAAGGAUCUUUGAUGGUAUGGAGAGAAGUGGUUGUGAACUCUAUUAGGAUUGAGUUAAAGUGGUGAAUUGAGUAGCAGUUUGGCCUCAGUUGGUUGACUAUGUGCAGUUAAAAAUGUGCUACAACGCAUAGGUUUAGGUGUUACUUUACUUUGCAGCUCCAGACUACAGAUUUCUGGUUACAACACUGUUGCAUUAACAUUCCAGAGACUGAUGGUUAGGUCUUUAUUACAAACUUUCUAAUUUGGUCGUGUAAUGUGUUUCUGUCUCACUUUGGUCAUAUAUAUGUGCCAGUGAAAGGAAAAUAUACAUACACUGACUGUAUUAGGAAGGUGUAAUAAAUGUUUAAGCUUUAUUACGCUAUACUCUGUCAAUGAUUAACACCUUGUUAUAAUGCUGAAAGAUAAGGAAAGAAUAUGAAAAUGGCUAUCUCACUCUAAUUGUAACUCUGUCUUAUGGUCCUACAUACAGGCGCCAUUUAAAUAAUGUUUCUUUGUCUGUCAGCGUUAUAUGACGGACAAAGGCUAUUUCACAGUUUG